AUGUAUGCAAUUCUUCCUGAGCAGACAGCAAAGCCGAGCCUUCUAGAGCCUGGAAGCCCUGUUGGGCAUUUUUACAAACUCGUUCGCACUACUGUUUUGGCCAAAGGCACCACCAACAGUUGUCGUGACGACGGUCUAGCUAUCAAGCCACGCCGCAGCUGGCAAGUGAACCAACAAGGUUGGCCAUUGAUCAGGCGAACAGGGGUUACUUGGAAAUCACGGCUUCACGUCAGAACUCCACCUCCCUACCAACACACACACACACAGAUACAAACAUUCAGUGUCCCCUUGGAGAGACUCGGAGCCGGGGCGCCUUGUGCACGGUUAAUUUGCUCGCCCCCGGGCCGCCUCGUAAAAGAGGCGAGAGAGAGACAAAGAGGCGAAAGUAGGAAAGAGACACCUGCAGCCCCGGUGAUUUCGCGCAGGGCCCCGGAAACGAAAGGCAUUGCUGAGCGUGUCUCCAGAACGCCAGGCGCGUGCGUGCCCAAUGGACGGAGCUGUACCUCCGGUACUCCUACACCUACACCUACACCUACAACUACAGCUACGGUUACCGUCCAUGUCCAAGUGGAGGAGCCCCGGAGGCUGGCCUUUGCAUGUCUGUCUCUGGUCGAGCAAGACUAG